UGUUGAUGGACAUAUCCUACUUCUAGGCCUAGAGCUGGUUUUAACUGCCAGUAAAUGAUAAACAAUUGUUUUUAAGCAGUUAAAAGAAUAAAAGAAUGCCAAAGUCAAAGAAAAAGAAAAACCAAGACUUCCAGAAAGUGAAACUGAAAGUAGGCAGAAAGUUACAGAAGGCUGACAAUGUUACGAAUGCAAGUUUCAAAACCCGGUCUGUCCAAGUGGUACAGCAUAUCAAGACGGGAGAUGGGAACCAGCCCACUACAAGACGCAACCUUAGUAUAGGGGAUUUACUGAACCAGUGUCAACAUUACAGCACCACAGUUAGACUUGAUGCUGUCAAUGGAUUACGAGAACUUCUGUCCUCUCAUCCAGAACUCCUCGAGCAUCGGCUCUCUCAAACCAUUGACCGCAUCUCCCAACUAAUGGUGGACAAGGACCCAGCUGUGAGAUCAGCACUGAUCAAACUCUUCAGACAAAUUGUGCCGUCAGUCCACCUGCACAAAAUACGACCAUUUUUCCCAAUUGUCAGUGCACAUGUGUGCUGUGCUAUGACUCACAUUUAUGAAGAUAUUCAAAGUGACUCCUUGCAAGUUCUUGAUAUUUUCCUAGAAUAUUACCCAUCUCUGAUUGUAGACCAAUCAAGUCAAAUCAUUCCAAACUUUAUUGAACAGAUCUCUCACCAGAAUGCCUCCAAGAAAUUUAAUGCUGGAAGUAGGUCUCUCAGUGUUAAGCCUGAUGGGAAAAUCCAGGCUCAUAAGUGGAGGAUCCAAGUUCUCUCAAGGCUUGGCAGGUUAAUGUCAACACUGAUAGAGAGUACAGGCCCUUUGACUUUGGGACCAGAGGUAGAUGAGAAAGAGGAGGGUUCAAAGGUCAUUUGGAGGGAUGAUGAAGAGGUCACAUGUUCUCCUUGCCCCCGACAUUUUCAGAGUGUGUGGACAGCUCCGGGAUGUAAGACAAGUACCAUGAAGAAUCUCCUCUCUGUAGAGAUGGAAGAGAGAGGUUUUAAUCUGAGGGAACCCCAUGGUGUACUCAAACUUCUGGAGACGAUUGUACCCAUCUUACUGGAGUGUUGGGUAGAGGCCACAGCUACUCAACACAAGGCUGUAGAGGGUUCCUUAUUGUCAGUGGAUGCCUGCUCAUUGCGGCACAAUGUGGUGAAAAUUAUUAAACUUCUGUGGCAAUACGCUGGACAAGUGAUCCGGUUGGGCUGGCAAAGCAGUGUUGCCCAUUUCCUGCCAGAUUUUCAUCAGCAUUUCAUGAAGUUCUUUCCCUACUCAGCCCACACAAGUGGCCAAAAAAGUAAAAAGACACCACAGGAUAAUGAACAACAGCAUACUGUGCACUCUCUGAAUAUCACUAUCUGUGACAUUAUGUCUUACUUCCUGGCAACCAAUCAAACAUCAGGACACAGAAGCAGCCUGCCUCACACAGUCACACAAUACUUCCUUACAUACUUGCAAGAGGAGGGCUAUGAUUCAUCAAAUACUCCACAGAUCCUACAAGUUGUAGAGAGGCUACUGGAAUACUACCAAAAUAAUGAGCAAUUCCAACAAUUACUGUGGCUCCUGGUGUCUCGUUUUACACAUAUUCAUCAUCUCUCCAAAGAGAAAAAACUGUUGUUAAACUUCUUCUCCAGGAUUGUUAGUAAAGAGGGAAUUGUUUUAAGAGAUGGCAUCAGACAGGUUUUCCUUGACUCCCUGCCAUCACUGUUUAAGUCUUGUAUUGAGAAUCCUGUGAUGUCUGGACAGAUAAUGGGGGUCCUGUGUGACCUGGCUAUUAAAUCCACAGAGAAGCACAACGAAGGAGUGACUGCAUUUGUCAUGUCUGUGUUAGAAAUGGAUUUAGAAAGUUUGGUAUCUAUGGACAACAAAUGCAUGCAUAGCCUCAUAGAACUUAUUUAUCGUGUGCCUCAACUGAAUAAGGAGAGUUAUGGAAAACUGAGAGAUCUGGUGCAAGAUGUAUGCUUACCACUAGUAACCUGUCAGUAUCUGCUACAAGUGAUGCAACAGAGGUACAAUCGAUACAGUUUGCCAAUAGAAGAACAAGGAUUCUACAUACAGUUUCUUCUGAAGUCUGCAUUUGAUCCUGGGAAUUUUCCUUUGUGUCAUGCCAAGCUGGACAGAGAUCACUUCAAACGAUUGCUCUCGCUCACUGAGACUGUCUCUGAUCAACUGUUGAUGUUUGAAAACUCAGACCAGGUUGUGGAAGUCUUGUGUUGUUACCUGAGUAAGACAAUGGUAACAAGGAAUAAAGUUGAAGAGUCAGUUUACCCAAUUGUAACCUUUGCCACAAUGGGGUCAAAGUUGAAGAUUUGGAAUUACCCAAUCAGCAGACAAGUUACAAAUGAGUUCUUAGAUUUGUUAUGGAGCUACUCAUUAGCUGUAUCUCAGAGUGAUAAGGAUUCAGCUGUUAAUUCCCUUAUUUUUGAUGAGGUAAUGGACAGAUGUGGACAUUUUAUUUCUGGAGGAGAACAAGUUUUCGGUCAGUUUUUGAAGAAGAUACUCAAAGCACUGAAAGACUGUAGUAGUGUGGAGGAAGUGAAUGCAGUUCAGCAUGCAGCCAUUCUAAUUCUUCAACAAGAUCAGCCGUGGCCAACUCUAGCAGAAAAUCUAGAAUGUCAGCCAAUAUUUGACACUUUGGAGAAGAUUGAAGGCCUUACCUUACAGCACAGAUGGAAGAAAUUAAAGAAUAUGUUAACAGAAUUUAAUAAAACUUAGAAAUUGACUGU